CGACAGUGCGUUUAUUUACCGCCCUACUUUAAAAAGUAGUGGCAUGUCGCUUGCAAAUCAAUCGAGUAUGGCGCUUAAAACUGUUUUACUUGGGGAGGUUUAUAGACAUGUCGGUUUUCUCAUCAAAGGUUGCAGUUUGGGAUUCCAGUGUUAAUUUGUUUAGACAAAUUUGAAAACCCUUUUGUAUCUGCGUUCCUGCUAGGGUUUUGCCUCAGAAUUGUAAUUCACCAUUCUAGGGUUUUUGCUCUAUCCUGUAUUGCUGUUUGAUUUUAAAAAAGCGAUGCCUCGGUACUAUUGCGAUUAUUGUGAUACUUACUUGACUCACGAUUCUCCAUCUGUUAGAAAGCAACACAAUGCAGGUUAUAAACACAAGACAAAUGUGAGAAACUACUAUCAACAGUUUGAGGAGCAACAGACCCAAAGUUUAAUUGACCAAAGAAUAAAGGAGCAUCUUGGCCAAAAUGCAGCAUUCCAGCAGGUUGGAGCUGCAUAUAAUCAACAUCUAUUGGCACAGAGGCCCCACCUUCCAACGCCAAUAAUGCCUAUGCCAGUCCCUGGAUUUAGGCCUCCUGUUUUUCCAAGACCUGUUCCUGGUACUCCUGGUUAUGUGUCAGGUCCAACACCACAAAUGGUGGCACCACCCGGUGCUUCUUCCUUAUCUGGUCAAGUAAAUGGCAUUCAAAGGCCUCCAAUGAUAAUUCCUCCCUCAAUGGCUCCUGGGAGUACUGCAGCACCUAGUGGUGCCCCUUCCAUGGUUCCACCUCCCACUUAUCAAACAAAUUCAGCAGUUUCCACAAAUGGAGGCUUUGAUAGCUUCGCUAACACUCCGGCUCCAGGGGCUAAUCAUUAGGCUGAUCAAAUUGGUAUAUUUUGCUUGUUUCUUGAUGAGGAAAGGAUCUGAAAGCCACCUUACUGAUGUUUGAUACUGUUUUCUAGGAUAAAGAACUUGAGUUCGGAAGUAUAAGUAUUCUUUGGUUAAACUUAUGGUACUAGAGUAGAAGCAAUUUUGAAUUGCAUUAUUCUCAUGGAACUAGAAUUCCAAUAGUAAAGUAUUCUAUUUGGAUUUUGGUACAACUCACAAAUGCUCCUUUUUUUUUUCAUAAUUUUUUUAUCCACCCUUUAUCCCAAGUUUACAUGCCCCUUAAUUAUAUAUUUGCUGAGUGGCUUGGCUGCAGUUUCUAUGAUAGUAUGCUUGUUUUGCUGUCAAGAAGAAGAAGUUGAUAACAGUAUCUCCACACUAAUCCUUCAUUAGAUCUUAUCAUAUCAUAUGCUAUGUAAUGUGCCAUAACGUGGUGCUAAAUUGAGAAUUGUUUGUGCACCAACAUCAUUUUUGUAAACAGAAACAUAUUUUAUUGUAAAAUCAUAUCUACAAUCACCUUAAAGGUCCUGCUUUUUCCCUGAA